AUGCCAGGUGCACAAUAUUAUGAUGGUAAGAAGUUAAAUAUUCCAAUUUCAAAAGAGGCUGCAGUUGAACUCAUUGAACGAUGGAUUCAUCAGGGAAUAAGCAGUAUGAUGGCUUGUAUUGCCACCCAACGCCUAAGCAAAUUAAACGAAUAUGAACGGAAUCGAGUGCAAAAGUGUUCACAAGCCGCUCAGGACAUUUAUGAACAGGCAAGAUGUGUAGUCCGAGCCAUUGAUGCAAAACCGAAACAGAUGGAUCCUACAAGAAUUUCACAUAUGCAAAAGCUGCAAAAAUUAAUGGAUGGAAAACAGAAGAUAGACGGUGCUAUAAUCCAAUCUGAAUCACAUCACAUCGAUUUCAAUCGAAGCAGGAAAAGGGAACAGGUGGAAUUCCGAACACGGCGAAGUGUAAUCAAUCGAAACAGUUAUAAAUUACACACUGAAUACGACCAUUUGACACCCUUUGGUAUUCUCGGCAAACACUUAUCGAAGAUGACAAGAAUUAUCAAAAAUAAGGAGCCGAAUUCAUCAUGGAAGAAAACGAUGUAUGAAAUCGAAAGUUUAAAACGACGAGAACAAGAAAAAAAUGAUUUCGCUGAGAAAUUACAGAAACGAUUUCAAUUCAGUUUCAAAAAUGCGGAACCUAAAUUAACACCAGAAGAAAAACUCUUAGCGAAGGAAUUACAUAUAUCGAAUCAUCUUCUGCAAGGUUUGGAUAAAAACAGUAUGAAAACAAAAAAAACUUUGGAAAUUAUUCAACUCUUUAAACGAGCAAUUAAACUUGCGAUGGUACUUAAUGGUGCCAAUGGUACCAAAUUAGAAAAUAAGACACUCAGAUUUGGUUCACCGCGUCUGUUAUCAUUGGUACCUGACAAUGUUAAUGAUCAGAUUAACAUCUUAUCUCCGUCACUGCUCAGCAUGCAUGAUAAAGGCAAAGGCUUAGAAGCACUAACUAGUGUUCCGGGAUUACUGAAAGCUGCCGGCAACAGGGAUUACGAAGAAUGGCUAAGCUUCAUUAUAGAAGCAUCCGGUACAACUGAUGCAAUACAUAAACUGAAGGAAAAGAAUGAAUUGGAUUGGCUACCACCCGGUUAUAAAUCAAUGCCACGUGGAAUAGACGGUCAACCGAUGUUUUUUACGAAGGAAAACGUGACAGAAUUUGAUCCUGAAUUAGCUAGGGAAGUGGAACUUUUCGAAAAUUUGACACAUUCACUUACGCCAAAACAGUUAACGGACUUCAAUACAACCGGAUUCUCGAUGAUGACUCCAAAGCAGUUGACAAUGUUCUAUGGCCCACACUCACCUUUAAACGACAGCAAAGCGUUGAAUUUCUUCCAGUCACUAAGUGAAGAUGAAAUGCACCGUCACAUUCUCAGUGAUAUCCGUGAUAUGGCAAAGAUGAAUUCUUCCUUAAAAAUACGUCGAAAACGACGGAAAAACAUACUUACUCCAUUAUCUUUUGAUAACAAAACAUUUUAUCCAACAACAAAGCCAUCCUUCUUAUCACCUGUAGCAUUCGCUCCAAUACUUUUCUCUCCGUCAGUUUUUGGUGCCACUCUCUUAAGUCCAGGUGCAUUCUUACCCAUUCUUCUCUCUCCAUCUCUCUUAAGUCCAACUAUCCUGUCACCAAUUGCACUUUCUCCCAUUAUCCUAUCACCACUAGUUAUCAGUCCUGGUAUUUUAAGUCCUGGUGCUUUGGUACCGGCUAUUUUAUCACCCAGUGCAUUAUCACCAGGUAUUUUAUCACCAUCAAUACUUUCACCCGUUAUUAUGAGCCCAUUUGUUCUAAACCCUUCCAUCCUUUCACCACCAUCACUUACCGCUUUAGUUGCAAGUCCAUUUGCUUUGUCACCAUCUUUUUUCUCGCCAUCUUACGGUGCUGCACUAAUCUUUUCACCGUAUGCAUUCUCACCGCUCUUUAAUUCAACCGGUAAAGCAGUCACUUUACUAUUUUCACCGAGUGUAGGUAGUUGA